AUGAAUUUCCUGAAGACGUUAGGGGGCUUAGUGGGCUCAAGUACCACCGGCGGCCUGCCGUACUCAAUAGAUACACCAUCCGUGGAUGGUAACGUGGCAGCAGGUGGUGAUGCGGGAGAAUGUGUUGUGUUUGAAGGAUUGCCAGAUUUCAUUUUGCACUCGGGUAAGAGCAAGCAGGACCCGUCGCAUGUUGUAUCUAUCUUCAAGUCGCGACAGCCAGCAGGACAACUCACAUCGAACUCACUGCACCGCAUAAAGACUCUGCGUCAUCCAAAUAUUUUAGCAUACUUGGACGGCAUUGAAGUUCCAAAUAACGGGCCCGUUAUAAUCAUCACAGAACACGUAAUGCCACUAUCUGAGUUCCUAACAGCACUACGCAUGGAAUACGGCAACAACAGCGAAGAAUUUACCAUGUGUGUGUCCUGGGGCUUGCGCAGUAUUCUCAUGGCGCUGCAAUUUAUCAACGUAGACUGUAAACUCUUGCACGGACGACUAACACCGCAAAGCAUUUUUGUCACCAAGGGUGGAGAUUGGAAGCUGGGAGGAUUUGAACUUACUGCGGAGAAAACGAAUGAUGGACCAUCGUCUAUCUACACGCUUAAUCAGCAGUACGUGGACAUCAAUUACAAGCCACCAGAAUGCCAGCGCUCCGAUUGGAAGGCAGUGGCGACAGGGCCAGCCUACGGUGUGGAUAUGUGGGCAUUCGGCUGUCUCAUGUACUACAUCUUUACCGAUGGCCACUUUCGAUCGAGUGACAAAUUAACAGCAGUAAAUUUACCCUCGGCACUUCAGCCACAAUUUCGAAAGACAAUCGAUGAGAACCCUUCCCGAAGACUGAGUCCGCAAAUGAUGCUAAAAGGAAAUUAUUUUGAUACACCAUUUAUCAGACGGAUGGAUUUUCUAGAAAAUCUUGCUGUAAUGGAAUCUGACGAAAAAGUCGCAUUUUAUAAAGAGCUAUGCGCAAACCUGGCUUCAAUACCUCGAUGCUUCGGUGUACACAAAAUUUUACCAGCGUUAAAACAAGUUGUGGAGUUUGGUGCAGCAAUUGGUAUCAAAAAUGGACUUCUGAAGUUAGACCCCUCGGCUAGCCACAUGUUACCGGCUAUGGUACAGAUUGGCAGCUCUUUGUCUACUGAGGAGUUUAAAACACAAAUAAUUCCAAUUCUUCUCAAACUCUUUAGCUGUAGUGAUCGAGCCGUUCGAGUCCAACUACUUCAAAUGAUGGAGAAGUUUGCUGUUCAUUUUGACGCAAAACUAGUGAACAGCUCAGUUGUAUUCGACAACCUUUGCAGUGGCUUUACUGAUGCAGCACCAGUGUUGCGUGAGCUCACUGUCAAAUCAAUGUUACACAUAGCUGAUAAGCUGUCUGAUAAUAAUUUGAAUAACCGCGUCGUCAAGUAUUUCGCAAAGUUGCAGUCUGAUCCGGAACCAGCCAUUCGAACAAAUACAACAAUUUGUAUCGGGAAAAUUGCCAGCAAACUCAAUGAAACAACGAGACCAAAAGUCUUGUUUCCAGCUUUCGCGAAAGCGCUCAACGAUCCGUUUCCUCACGCUCGUCUUGCUGGACUUCGCUCGAUGAUCGCGUGCCAAGAGUACUUUACACCACAAGGGAUGGCCGGCAGCGUAAUUCCAGCGAUUUCACCGCUCCUUCUAGACGUUUCAAUCACUGUUCGGGAGCAAGCCAAGACUUCCAUUGAUAUUUUUAUCAAAGCUGUAAAUAAUGAAGCUAAUCAAAUGAAGGUUCGGGAAGAAUUAGAAGCUAAAAAAAGCGAAUUGAAGGGCGCUGAACAAGAGAGUGACCACUUGGGUGGUGCUUGUGAAACCACACCGCCUCCAUCGAAUGGUGGCCACACUUCAGGAAGUUAUGCCUCAUCUCUUACUGCAUGGGCUUCUUCGGCAGUUACGUCAAACGUCAACAAGCUGGUCGGAUCUGGCAUUUUGUCGUCCGCUCCGACAUCUCAUACAUUUUCCCAUCCUGGCAACUUCAGUCAGAAUACCAAUAACAGCUCCAUUCCUCCGUCAUCCAGGCAGGACACUCGAAAAGCAUUUGCGGCAGAUAAUGUUUCAGCUGAGAAUGGAUGGGGUGAUAGCAAUAGAUUGGGUGGUUAUGAUCGUCCUUACCUGACCACAUCAAGAUUGAGUGCUUCACAGUCGGUGAACGAAGGAGCUUCGACAUCAGUUACCCCAGAAGCGACUUCACUGUCUGCGUCGGCGACAUCUUCAUCCAAGCUCAAUUUUGCAUGUAAAACAAGUAGUGGUUCGAAUUCGUCUACAACUCGAACAACCUCAACGUUUCUUGAUCUUCGUGACUGUGAUUGGGAAGAUGAUAAUUGGGGCGGUGACGAUGAUCUGGAUCUGGGUGCGUCGGAGCCCAAAUCAAACACUCUUGGCGCGUAUCAGCCAAAAGGAUCCAGAGACGUUAGUACGUCCACUGUUGCACAAGGAAAAGCGGGGCGAAAGUCAACAAGAGAGGCUGACACAAAGAACAAGGCAAAACGUGGAUCUCUGGGCUCAAUGAAACUCGAUACCGUUGUCACUGCAAAUGUCGACGAGUGGAAGUGGGACUUUUAG